GGAUUUUCUCGCCAAUUUUUAUUCGGCCGUUUCUUUUUUCUCAGUAGUCCAUCUUCCCGAGGCCUUGAGCUAAAGCCUUCCUCAGCACUUCCCCCUCUUGCGUUACUGUAAAAGCGACCAUACUCUCUUCAUUUCUCUUUCUCUCUCUCUCUCUGGGAUAGGUCCAUUGUUUCUCUCCAAAUUUGCUUGAUUUUCUGGGAGAGAAAGGUAAGUUCUGUGAAACCCAUUUCUGUUUUUGGUUUGCACAAUCUAAUUUUUGUUCCGAAGGAGAUGAUUCCUCUGAUUUUGUGGGUUCUUCUCUGCAACUUUCAUUGUCUGGUGAGCUCUUUGAAUGAUGAAGGGUUUGCGCUUUUGUCGUUCAAGCAGUCCAUUGGAGAAGACCCAGAGGGCUCUCUUAGUAACUGGAACAUUUCUGAUCGAACCCCUUGUUUAUGGAAUGGGAUUACAUGCAAAGAAGAUAGAGUGGUGUCGCUGAGCAUUCCAAAGAAGAAACUCUCUGGGUUUCUUCCCUCGGCUGUUGGGUCUCUCUCUCAGCUCCGCCAUGUAAAUUUAAGGAACAAUAAAUUCUUUGGAAGCUUGCCUAUUGAGCUUUUCCAAGCCCAAGGGCUGCAAAGCUUGGUCCUUUACGGAAAUUUCUUAUCUGGGUCUGUUCCCCCUGAAAUUGGGAAGCUUAAGUACCUUCAAACCCUAGAUUUGUCACAGAACUUUUUCAAUGGGUCGAUGCCCAGGUCUUUAACUUGGUGUAAGAGACUAAGAAACCUUGAUCUAAGUCAUAACAAUUUCACUGGUUCUUUGCCUGAUGGGUUUGGUACUGGUUUGGUUUUGCUGGAAAGACUUGACCUCUCAUUCAAUAAAUUUGGUGGUUCAAUCCCUAGUGACAUGGGGAAUUUGUCUGCUUUGCAAGGAACUGUUGAUUUGUCUCAUAAUGUGUUUAAUGGUUCAAUCCCUGCCAGCCUGGGAAACCUUCCUGAGAAAGUUUAUAUUGAUCUCACGUUCAACAAUUUAAGCGGGCCAAUACCCCAAAAUGGUGCUCUAAUGAACAGAGGACCAACUGCUUUUAUUGGAAAUCCUGGGCUAUGUGGCCCUCCAUUGAAGAACCCGUGUUCUUCGGAUACUUUGGGCCCGAGUUCACCAUCCUCAUUUCCUUUCAUUCCAGGUAACUCUCCUCCCCAGAAUUCGGACAACAAUGCUGGAAAGGGUGAGAGUGGAAGAGGACUAAGUAGGGUUGCUUUGAUUGCUAUAAUUGUGAGUGAUGUAGUUGGAAUCUGCCUGGUUGGGCUGCUAUUCUCGUGUUGUUAUUCAAAAGUGUUUGCUAGUUGUAAGCAUAAGGAUGAGAGUGGCUAUAAUUUUGAAAAAAGAGGGAAGGGAAGGGAGUGUUUUUGUUUCAGAAAGGAUGAAUCCGAAACUCCAUCAGAGAAUGUGGAGCAGUACGAUCUCGUGCCAUUGGAUACACAGGUGGCUUUUGAUCUUGAUGAGCUUCUGAAAGCAUCUGCUUUUGUUCUAGGAAAGAGUGGGAUUGGGAUUGUAUACAAAGUUGUACUUGAAGAUGGGCUUACCUUGGCAGUUAGACGAUUAGGUGAAGGUGGCUCUCAGAGGUUUAAGGAAUUUCAGACCGAAGUAGAAGCUAUUGGAAAGCUGAGGCAUCCUAAUAUUGUAACCCUUAGAGCUUAUUACUGGUCUGUUGAUGAGAAGCUGCUCAUCUAUGAUUACAUGCCAAACGGAAACCUUUCCGCUGCAAUUCAUGGGAAGGCUGGAACGGUACCCUUUACGCCUAUGUCCUGGUCUAUUCGGCUUAAAAUCAUGAAAGGAACCACAAAAGGAUUGGUCUAUCUCCACGAAUUCAGCCCCAAAAAAUAUGUCCAUGGAGACUUGAAGCCAAACAAUAUUCUUCUUGGACACGACAUGGAACCCCACAUUGCUGAUUUUGGACUUGGACGUCUUGCCAACAUUGCAGGUGGAUUCCCGACCCUUCAGUCCAAUCGAAUGGCUUCUGAAAAACCACAGAGGCAACAAAGCAGCAGUGCUCCCUCCGAAGCUACUACGGUUAAUUCUGCUUACUUGGGAUCUUGUUAUCAAGCUCCUGAGGCCCUGAAAAUGGCAAAGCCAUCCCAAAAGUGGGAUGUUUACUCAUAUGGGGUAAUCUUACUUGAAAUGAUUACGGGAAGAUCACCAAUGAUCCAAGUGGGUAACUCGGAAAUGGACAUUGUUCAAUGGAUUCAGCUCUGCAUCGAAGAGAAAAGGCCACUUGCAGAUGUCUUGGACCCAUAUUUGGCUGAAGAUUCAGACAUGGAAGAGGAGAUGGUUGGAGUUCUGAAGAUUGCAAUGGCAUGUGUUCAUAACAGCCCGGAGAGGAGACCUGCAAUGAGGCAAGUCUCUGAUGUUUUGGACCGAUUGUCCAUGUCUUCUGAUUAGAACAUAUGAUCACUCUACGAAAUCUUGUUUGAAAAUGAAGAGUUUCCACUUGAAUUGAUGAGCAGUAGAUGGAAUUAGAAUUGGGAUUUUCAGAGAAACUAUGACCACAGAAUGGACAGUGUUGCAGUAAACAAAGGUGAUAGCUAUUGAAGUUGUCCAUAGUUUUUGCACAAGUUGGCCUGUUUGUACGCAAGCAAAAGGGUGUUGUAAUCUCCUUCUCUAAUCUGUAAUUCUGUAUUCUUUAGUCAUGGAAGGUAAUUAUUUGUCUUGUUUUUUCUAAACUCAUGUUUUUAACUGAUUGGUGAAUAGAAAAAUAAGAUGGAGGACUGUCUUCAUAUUGCUCAUUUUUGUAAAACUGCCAAGGACUGGAAUAAUAUCAAUAAAAAAACAUUCAGUU